UAAGAAGCAUCCGGCCAUUCAGUCAGAUCACAGGUCGCAGACACCAAACACCGUAGGUCCCCACACUGCCUGCACUCGGGGUAUAUACAAAGAAGAGUCUCCAUUACAACAGCUUUCGACGCUGCUUCAAACUCUGAGGUUCGAAGACCGGGCGAGUUCGAAGCUCUGGCGAGAUUGCAGUGCGUUUGGGAUUGCCAGCGCCGCCGCCAUCAUGCUGUGCGUGCCAUGGCGAAGAAGACGUCGAAUAACCGAGCAAUGGCAAGCUUCCAGUCGGUUCAACACCAAGCGAAGGAAAUCGACGGUGGUUGACGAUGGUCCUUCUCAAAGCGAGGUUUUCGAGCAGCCCGUCUCUCCCGCCAACCACAUCUCUUUGCAAAUGGCAGAGGAUGUUGCUGAUGGCCUGCAUAAUAUUCCUCCUAUUUUCUCGGCAAUACAGAGUAACGAUACCGAGACAGUCAAAACGCUUUUGCAAGAGAAUCCGACCUUGUUGACCUCUGCAAGAUGCGGGGGGUUGGCGCCCCUCCACGCCGUCUGCCACAUCCAGAACCUCAAUAUCUUGGUUCUCUUGCUCGAGCACGGGGCAGAUGCGCUCUCCCUCGACGACCACGGGAACACCGCCCUGCAUCUCGCCGUCAAGAGGGAGUGGCACAAAGGCAUCGAGGAGCUCCUUCGCCACGGCGCCUCGACGGACACCGAGUGCGAGCCUCCGCCCCACGAGCAGACGACACGAGAGACGCCGUUCCACACGGCCGUCCGUCUGGGCGACGUGGAGACCGUGAAGCUGAUGCUGACCUACAAGCCCAAUUUGACAGCUCUCGACGGCAAGGGGUGCUGCGUGCUGCACAUGGCCGCCCGCGUACACAGCGUCCAGAUCAUCAACAUCUUACUGCAGGACAAAGUGGUCCAGGAGGUACUCCACACUCGCGACUGCGACGGGAACACGGUGCUUCACACGGCUCUCAUCGAAGACCACGGGAGCGUGGAGGAGGCCAUCCUUCUCGAAAUUGUGAGGCUGUUUUUCGAAGCGGGAGUCGAUGUGAAUACGACUAAUUCUUACGGCGAAUCGGCGCUUUAUUUAGCCGCUAGGUUUGGGUUGCCGAAUCUGGUUGAGCUGCUACUGUCCAUGGGCGCGGAUCCGCUACGUGUGACCACCAAGGGAGCUUCCGUCCUUCACGCAGCUUGCCACCGAGGCUGCGCCACCAGCUUGGACCUUCUCCUGAAAACCGGGCAAAUGAAAGACCUCAUAACAAAGGAAGACAAAAGCGGCCGCGAGCCCUUCCAUUGCGCUGUGUAUAGCAGUUCGAUAGACUGUUGCGAACUGUUGAUCAGAAAUGGGGACCACCUCACGCGCAAGGACUGCGACGGCGUGACUCGAUCCUCGCUCAUUAUCGACAACUUGCCCUCGGCCAAGGAGCUUCUUUCCCGCCUGUUCGACUCCUGCGUGAGGAUUCCGAACAAGUUCCGUCGCGACCCCGAUUUCCACAUCUCGUUCGAUUACUCGGUGUUGCUUCCCGUGGACCAGGACAUCCAGAGCUCCCUCAUCCCGGAGAUCAACGUCGGCGAAGCAGAGUCCCUCCUGAAACACCCGCUCAUCGAGAGCUUCCUCUACAAGAAGUGGAAUAAGAUCAAGUUCUUCUUCUACGGAAAUGUCCUCACCUUCUUCAUCUUCCUGACGAUGCACACGGCUUAUAUCGACUCGAUCUUCCAGUCGGAUGCCCGUCCAGACAACCUCGUGCGCGGUCGGGCUUUUCGCGUGAGUUACAUCUGCAUCUACCUGCUCGUCCUUGUGCCCGAGAUUCUCAACAUGUGCGCGCACCCGAAGAAGUUUUUCAAGUCCUGGGAAUCGCUCACGAAAUUCACCUCUCUCUCCACCUCGGCCAUCAUCGUCUUCUCGUACCUGGACGACGCAGCAGAGAUCCAGGAUCAGAUCUUAAGCCACGGUUCGACAUUCACGAACCUCGCGGCGGUGUCCAUUUUCUCGAGCUGGGUUGAGCUCAUGAUGCUCCUGGGGCGCUUCCCGGCCCUCGGAACGUAUAUCCUCAUGUUCUCCAGGAUCGCCAAGUCCCUCAUCUACUUCAUCAUGGCCUUUUCGAGUCUCCUCAUUGGGUUCUCUCUGGCGUUCCGAGUGUUCUUUUACAAGAGCGAAAACUUCCAUGGCUUCAUCCCCAGCAUGGUGAGGACCUUGAUGAUGAUGAUCGGCGAGAUCGACUACGGGUCUCUGGUGGAGGUCUCUGGUGACGAUACCCCCAUCCUCUGCUACAUCUUCCUGGCCCUGUUCCUGUUCCUCGUGUGCGUGCUCAUGGCGAACCUCCUGAUAGGUUUGGCCGUCGACGACAUCGCCAAGUUGCAGACGCUCGGCAGGAUUGCAAGGCUGUCCAAGCAGGCUUCCUACAUCAUCACGUACGAAAGGCUAACGCGAUUCGCGAUCAAGACGAAACUGUUCCCCUUCCACUCGGCCGAGAAACUGGACAAGAUCUGUCGCCUGAAGCCCAGAUGCAACAUCUACCUCAACAGGAAACGCUCCCGCAUGUUCCACAGGAAGCCUCUGCCCUACGAAGCCGUGGAAGCUGCAGUGAUCAUUGGACACGCCGAGGCAGCACCGACCGAGAGUGACUCCGCCGCAAAGGCUGUGCAAGCGCUUGAGAAGGCGAACGUUGCCAACAUCACGGCGAAGCUCGAAGACAUUGAGAAGAUGCUGCAGAGGAUUGUGCCAGAAAAGUCUGAGUGAUCUCCGUUGAUACU